AUGCAAAGCUCAAACUUAUAUUUUGUAUAUAAUUCUGGAUCUGAAUAAUUUUGGAAGAGAAAAGAUUAUUAGUUAAUAAAUGACCUCAUGUAAGGAUUGCUCCAAGAUUCGAGAGAGAUGAUAACACUGUAUAAAACAGGGAAAAUAUUAAAAAAGUAUAUAGGUAGACAAUAUAAAACCUUUUAACAACAUUUGUUUUAUUUUAGAGAGGUAUAAAUUUUUAAGUUAAUAGAAAGAAUGGAGAAUUGGGAGGAUUUGUUGUUUUGAAGAAUGUCUAUUUUAAACUAAACAAAAAAAAUGUUACACAAAAUAUUCCUUAUGACAGUUGUCUUACUCUAAUAAGAGAUCGCAGUAGAAUUGAUCUUUAUUUUAACCAUUCAGUUGAGAUCGAUUAAUUUUUAAGAGAACUAUAGAGAUGUUGUAUUAUCGAUGGCUUUGAGUAGCAUUAUUAAUUGCUUCAAAAUAUAGGUACUGGUUCUACAGCUCAAGUAAGACUUUACAAAAUAAAUUAGGUCUUUUUGGCAGAAAAUAUUCUAGAUCAUAAGUAAUAUGCAGUAAAAUAGAUUGAGAAAGAGCAAGCUACUGGAAGACAUCGUAUAUUGAGAUCGAAAACAUUAUUAGAAGAAAUAUUUAUGAUGAGGAGUUUGGAUCAUCCUAAUAUAAUGAAAUUACAUCAAGUUUAUGAAUCAGAAAGUAGAAUUUAUAUUAAUAAAUAGAGCAUAUUUUAUUAGUUAUUAGCUUAUUUGAAGGAGGACAAUUGAUGGAUAAAAUCAAAAACUUUAAUUUCCUUAUCAAAAGAGAGUUGGCUAAAUUGUUAAUUGAAACUGUACAUUAUAUGCACACCAAAGUAUUUUAUAUCGAAAUUAGGGAAUUAUGCAUAGAGAUUUAAAACCAUUUAAUAUCCUCUACAAAAAUAAAGAUCCUUAAGAUUGGUAAUUUGGAAUUGGAGAUUUUGGAUUCUCUACAUCAAUAAAAUAACAAUAACAUAUUCUAUAUAAAUGUGGUACUCCUGGUUAUGUGGCACCUGAAAUUAUAGAAUAUAGAGAAAAGUCUAAGAUGUAUGGAUUGUCAUGUGAUGUGUUUAGUAUUGGUGUAAUUAUUUAUGAAAUGUAAGAGUAGAAAAAUUAAAUAGAUUUUUUAAUGUCCAUCCUUUUAAAAGUAAGACAAAAGAUGAAACUUUAAGAUAAAAUGUAAAUGCUUAAAUUAAUUUUGAUGAUCGUGUUUGCAUCCCUUAAUCACUUAAAUCUUUAAUCAUUUCUAUGGUUAGAAAAAAUCCACGACAUAGAUUUACUUUAUAAUAAUGUUUAGAUCAUGACUUUUUUAAAGAAAGCUUAUCUAAAUUCAAUGAAUUAUCAUAAGAAAUUUAAGAGUAAAUUUAAAUAUAUAAUUUUAUAGACAUGAACCAAAAACAAUGGAGAUUAGAAACUUAAGGUGUUAGACUCUUUAGUUUUUAAAAACCCAAAAUAAUAGAAGAAGAUAAUCAUUACCUCAAGAUUUCUCUGUUACUUAAGAACCAUAAAUUUAAUAAAGUAAGUCUCAAAUAUAUUAUAAAAAAGGAAAAAGUAUUAUAAUUAAACACAGAUAAUCAGUUUCAUCUACACAUGAGUCAAAAUUCAAACUAGAAUCUUAACAAUAGUUCUAAUUGAUCUAAUAAAAUUAAAUAUAAUUUGGAUCUUAGCUAAAAUUAGCUUAAUUAGAAAAGAUUUGUGAGAUUUUAUUGAAUGAUUCAAAUUGCAAACCAAAAGAAUUUGGAAAUAUAUAUUUAAUUAAGAAAUAGUGA